AAUGGCCACUCCACACGAGCGUAACUCCACAGUUAUAGAACUCCUAAUUUCCCCAGGAGACCUCAAAAAUCAAAACAAUGAAGCCACAACCAUACCUACUCCUCUUCACGGCGGCGCUUCUGCUAAAGUGCGCCAUAUGCGCUUUCUCCGCCACUCUCUGUCCCAACUGCGGCUCCACUCCAGUGCCGUACCCAUUCAGCACCAGUCCUACUUGCGGCGACCAAUCGUACAAGAUCCGUUGUGACGCAGGAGCACUGAUGUUUGAUACACUUAAUAACUCGUAUCCAAUCAUUUCUAUCAAUCCGUCAAUCCAGCGGCUAGUGAUACGUCCAGCAAGUCUCUUACCAAACACCUGCGUCACAUCCGAUUUUGUUCACCAAGGUAUUCAGAUGAACAGCUCUCUCCCUUUCAACAUCACCGGCGACAAUACUAUCAUGUUCUUGAACUGUUCGGAUUCGCUUCUUCGGUCACCGUUGAAUUGCUCGUCCAACAGCUUGUGUCGCUUGUAUGUUAACAAUACUAGAGCAGAGUCUCCGUGUCAAGAUGCUCCGAUUUGCUGUACUUUCGGGGCUGGUGGCGGUACGACGGCGUAUACAAUACGAGUUAGAGACUCCGGGUGUAAGGCCUACACUAGUUUUGUUAAUCUGAAUCCGAAUUUGCCAGUGAAUAGGUGGCCUAGUCCGGGAGUUUCAGUCCAGUGGAUGCUACCCCGGGAACCAGUGUGCAAGUCUCAGGCGGACUGCGAGGGGGACUCGACUUGUGGGCCCGACCCGACAAUGGGUGGGCUCAGGCGGUGUUACUGUAAGGGUGAAUUUCGGUGGGACCCGGUUCAAGGGAUUUGUGCUGAAAUUGUGACGUGUCAAGAUCCUGAGGGCUGUGGAGGAUCCUCGAAGACAGCACUUAUAGCUGGUUUGACCUCUGGCUUAGGUGCAACAGUCUUGGUGAUCAUAGUUGCCAUCCUCCUAUACAAACGCCACAGGCGCAUUAAACAAGUUCAAGAACGCCUAGCUAGAGAGCGUGAAGAAGUCUUAAAUGCCGGUGGAAGUAGAGCAGCAAAACUCUUCACGGGCAGAGAAAUAAAGAAAGCAACAAGCAACUUAUCCAAAGACCGCCUUCUAGGUGCUGGUGGCUAUGGUGAAGUCUAUAAAGGAAUUCUUGAUGAUGGCACUGUCGUAGCUAUCAAGUGUGCAAAGCUUGGAAACGCUAAAGGCACUGAACAAGUUCUAAAUGAGGUACGAAUUCUAUGUCAGGUCAACCACAGAAACCUUGUAUGCUUGCUUGGCUGCUGUGUUGAGCUUGAGCAGCCCAUCUUGGUUUAUGAAUAUAUUGAAAAUGGAACACUCCUUGAUCAUUUACAAGGCAUGAAAUCUGGUGGGCAAAGCAUACUAUCUUGGACGCAGCGCCUCAAAAUUGCUCAUGAUACUGCUGUGGGGCUUUCUUACCUUCAUUUCUCAGCUGUUCCUCCAAUUUAUCAUCGAGACGUGAAAUCUAGCAAUAUACUGCUUGAUGAGAAGUUGAAUGCUAAGGUCUCAGAUUUUGGGUUAUCAAGAUUAGCUCAUAGCGACUUAAGCCACAUAUCAACUUGUGCUCAAGGUACUCUUGGGUAUUUAGAUCCUGAGUAUUACAGGAAAUAUCAGUUAACUGAUAAGAGCGAUGUUUAUAGUUUUGGAGUUGUGUUGUUGGAGCUCUUGACUUCUACGAAGGCGAUAGAUUUCAGCAGAGGAGAAGAUGAUGUGAACUUGGCAGUUUAUGUGCAGAGGAUGGUGGAAGAGGAAAAGCUAAUGGAGGUAGUUGAUCCCAUGUUAAAAGAGAAAGCAAGUAAUUUGGAGCUUGAGACAAUGAAAGCAUUGGGAUUUUUGGCCUUGAGCUGUUUAGAAGAGAAGAGACAGAAUAGGCCUUCCAUGAAAGAAGUUUCUGAAGAAAUCGAGUAUAUUAUGAGUAUUGCUACAGCAAAAGAAAACUAGCUUAUAUAAUUCCAUAUUUUGGAUUUAGUCAAAUUAUGCUUAAUUGAUUCAUAUUUUGUAUUAUGGAAAAUUAAAUUAUGCUCCAAACCAUAGGAUUAAGGUGAAAAUUAUUUAUAAUAAAAUAGAAUUCUUAUA